AUGAGCGCGGGGGGGGAUGGGGGCUCGGCGUUGGGCCCACCUGCUCGGCUGCCGGGGGCCCAGCCGAUUGCCGCGACCCCCUACAUCGCGACCCCCCCCAACGCCGGCCAGCAGCUUAACGUCGGUGGCGCGACGGAUGCGAGCAUGCAACCGCCGCCGUCGCAGACGGGCCCCGGGGCCGCCGGCGCAGCCUCCAAGUCGGCCCAGAAGAGGCCCGUCAGACGGGGGGGUAAGCCGCCACCCGACAGACCUGUACGGGCGCUCUUCUGCCUGGCCCUCACGAACCCUCUUAGGAAGAUGUGCAUCAGCGUCGUCGAGUGGAAACCCUUCGAAUGGCUCAUCCUUAUGACGAUAUUUGCCAACUGCGUCGCUCUGGCCGUUUACACGCCGUAUCCUUCUGGCGAUUCCAAUCUGACCAACCAAUACUUGGAGAAGAUAGAGUACGUUUUUCUUGUGAUUUUUACGGUGGAGUGCGUGAUGAAGAUCAUAGCUUACGGCUUCGUCGCGCAUCCAGGAGCUUACCUCCGCAACGGCUGGAACUUGCUGGAUUUCACGAUAGUCGUGAUUGGAAUGAUAAGCACGGUGUUGACGGCACUCAUGAAGGAGGGUUUCGACGUCAAGGCCUUAAGGGCGUUUCGCGUUCUGCGUCCUCUCAGGCUGGUUUCCGGUGUUCCAAGUCUUCAAGUGGUCCUAAACUCCAUUUUGCGGGCGAUGGUACCACUUUUGCACAUUGCUUUGUUAGUUCUGUUCGUCAUUAUCAUUUACGCCAUCAUCGGCCUCGAGCUGUUCUCCGGGAAGAUGCACAAAACGUGCCGGCACAACAUAUCCGGCGAGAUAAUGGACGAACCAAAACCAUGCGGCCCCGGUGGCUUCCAGUGCUCUCGGGUUGGACCCAACUAUCACUGCAGCAAGCUAUUCUGGGAGGGCCCUAACUACGGCAUCACGAAUUUCGACAACUUCGGUCUGGCCAUGCUCACGGUCUUCCAAUGCAUCACUCUCGAGGGUUGGACAGACGUGCUUUAUAAUAUCGAGGAUGCGAUGGGAAGUUCGUGGCAGUGGAUAUACUUCAUUUCGAUGGUCAUCCUUGGGGCUUUCUUCGUCAUGAAUCUAAUUCUCGGUGUGUUGUCCGGUGAAUUUUCCAAGGAGAGAGAGAAGGCGAAGGCGCGCGGCGACUUUCACAAGCUCAGGGAGAAGCAGCAGAUCGAGGACGAUCUCAGGGGUUACCUCGACUGGAUAACGCAAGCCGAGGACAUCGAGCCGGAAACCGACGAGCCGAAGAUGCAAGAUGGAAAAACUAAGCAGCAAAACGAAAUAGAGAGCACGGACCAAUUGGAGGGUGACGAGGAAGGGAUCCAACAAGAGUCCGUUUGGAAGAAGAAGAAGCGGGAUUUAGAAAGAGUGAACAGGCGGAUGCGAAGAGCUUGUAGGAAGGCUGUGAAGUCCCAGGUCUUCUAUUGGCUCAUCAUAGUUCUGGUCUUCUUGAAUACCGGUGUUCUCGCCACGGAGCACUACGAUCAGCCGCCGUGGUUGGACUACUUUCAAGAAGUCACGAACAUGUUUUUCAUCGUGCUGUUCUCCAUGGAGAUGAUGUUAAAAAUGUACAGUUUAGGUUUUCAGGGUUAUUUCGUCUCGUUGUUUAAUCGUUUCGAUUGCUUCGUCGUGAUCGGCUCGAUCACCGAAAUGAUACUCACAAAUACACGUGUGAUGCCGCCUCUUGGCGUUUCCGUACUCCGUUGCGUCCGGUUGCUCAGGGUAUUCAAAGUAACGAAAUAUUGGAGAUCACUGUCGAAUUUAGUGGCCUCUUUGCUGAACUCGAUACAAUCGAUCGCCUCGCUGUUGCUCCUGCUUUUCCUUUUCAUCGUGAUCUUCGCUCUUCUGGGCAUGCAGGUCUUCGGUGGAAAGUUCAAUUUCAGUGACAUGGAGGAAAAAACGCGUCACAAUUUUGAUAGCUUUUGGCAGAGCUUGCUCACCGUAUUUCAGAUAUUAACCGGCGAGGACUGGAACGUUGUGAUGUACAUCGGAAUUCAAGCUUACGGUGGCGUCGCCAGUAUCGGCGUGCUCGCCUGUAUUUAUUUCAUUAUCCUCUUCAUAUGCGGCAACUACAUUCUCCUGAACGUGUUCUUGGCUAUCGCCGUCGACAAUCUCGCCGAUGCCGAGUCCCUGACUGCCAUCGAAAAGGAGGCCGAGGAGGAGGCAGAAAAAAAUAAGUCUCGCAGCGGCUCGCCGGCAAGGGACGAAAUCAGUGGUGAAGCUGGCGAUGACGGUGGCGAAGGGACCGGAGGAGAGGAGGAGGAUGAGGGCGCCGGCACAGAUCUCGAACACGAUCCUAACGAGACAAUGGAGGACUACGAAGCCGCACUCGAUACCGAAACGUCAGAAAAAAGUGAGGAUAUGAAUACGCAUAGAGUGCGACUUAACGUUGAGUCUGAUGAAGAAGAAGUGGAGGAGGAGGAAGAAGAGGAAGAAGGUGAGCCAGGAGAAAUACAAGAUGACGACCAGGAAGUGACGGCUAGACCGCGAAGAAUGUCCGAAUACAACAUGACCUCCAAGAAGGAACCGAUCCCGGAUGGUUCGGCAUUCUUUAUUUUUUCAAGCACUAAUAGGUUUCGCGUGUUCUGCCAUUGGUUCUGCAAUCACAGUUACUUCACCAACGUGAUACUGGUUUGCAUUAUGAUUUCUUCCGCCAUGUUGGCCGCCGAGGACCCACUAAAAGCCUCGUCGUAUAGAAAUCAGAUACUCAACUACUUUGACUAUUUUUUCACUACUGUUUUCACGAUUGAAAUCUGCCUCAAAAUGGUCUCGUACGGCUUCAUCAUCCACGAGGGCGCGUUUUGCCGAUCGGCUUUCAAUCUGCUUGAUCUUCUCGUCGUUUGCGCUUCUCUCGCUUCCAUGAUAAUCAGCACUGGCACAUUCUCUUUCAUCAAAGUGCUCCGAGUGCUCCGUGUACUGAGGCCGCUGCGUGCCAUCAAUCGCGCUAAGGGAUUAAAGCACGUAGUACAGUGCGUCAUCGUAGCGGUAAAGACUAUCGGAAACAUAGUCCUCGUCACCAGCCUCCUGCAGUUCGUGUUCGCCGUCAUUGGCGUACAGCUCUUUAAGGGCAAGUUUUUCUUUUGUACCGAUGCAUCGAAAAUGACAGAGGUCGAGUGCCAGGGUACUUAUUUGGAAUUCGAAGAUGGUAAUAUUAACAGGCCGGCCGUACAACUGAGAGACUGGAAACAGCACCGUUUUCAUUUCGAUAACGUUGCCAAGGCGAUGUUGACCCUUUUUACGGUCUCGACUUUCGAAGGUUGGCCGUCACUGUUAGAGUGGUCGAUCGACUCGAACCAAGAAGAUCGUGGACCAAUUCAUAAUUUUCGGCCAAUAGUGGCCACCUACUACAUUAUCUACAUCAUCAUCAUCGCGUUCUUCAUGGUGAACAUCUUCGUCGGUUUCGUUAUUGUCACCUUCCAGAACGAGGGCGAGCAAGAGUACAAAAACUGCGAGCUUGAUAAAAAUCAGAGAAAUUGCAUCGAGUUCGCGCUGAAAGCUAAGCCAGUGCGCCGAUACAUACCGAAGCAUCGAAUACAGUACAAAGUCUGGUGGUUCGUCACCUCCCAGCCAUUCGAGUACACGAUAUUCACGUUAAUUAUGAUCAACACCGUGACGCUCGCGAUGAAAUUUUAUCGGCAGCCGCAGCUCUACACGGAUGUCCUGGACGUACUCAACAUGAUCUUCACCGCCGUGUUCGCCCUCGAGUUUGUGUUUAAGUUGGCCGCAUUUCGAUUUAAGAAUUACUUCGGCGAUGCGUGGAACGUAUUCGACUUUAUUAUCGUGCUCGGAAGUUUCAUCGAUAUCGUUUAUUCGGAAGUUAACCCUGGAUCCACUUCCAUCAUUUCCAUCAAUUUCUUCAGGCUGUUUCGUGUGAUGAGAUUGGUUAAACUACUAAGCAGAGGAGAAGGCAUCCGAACGCUUUUAUGGACGUUUAUCAAGUCCUUUCAAGCUCUGCCCUAUGUCGCCCUUCUCAUUAUAAUGCUCUUUUUCAUUUACGCUGUGAUAGGCAUGCAAGUCUUCGGGAAGAUCGCGAUAGACGAUGAAACGGCGAUAGAUCGUAAUAACAAUUUCCAGACCUUUCCACAAGCCGUGUUGGUUCUGUUCAGAUCGGCGACAGGAGAGGCAUGGCAAGAAAUAAUGAUGGCUUGUUCAUCGAGCAAGAAAUGUGAGUCUAACAGCGACGAAGACAACAAAGAGACUGGCUGCGGAUCAGACAUUGCAUUUCCUUACUUCAUAUCUUUCUAUGUGCUCUGUUCGUUUCUUAUUAUCAACCUGUUCGUCGCCGUUAUCAUGGACAACUUCGACUACUUGACGAGAGAUUGGUCGAUUCUCGGCCCGCACCACUUGGACGAGUUUAUUCGCCUGUGGUCCGAGUACGAUCCCGAUGCCAAGGGGCGAAUUAAACAUCUCGAUGUGGUAACGUUACUAAGGAAAAUAUCACCGCCCUUGGGUUUCGGGAAGCUGUGUCCCCAUAGAGUAGCCUGCAAGAGACUCGUCUCGAUGAACAUGCCGCUGAACAGCGACGGCACCGUAUUGUUCAACGCGACUUUGUUCGCCGUCGUAAGGACGUCGCUGAGAAUCAAGACGGAGGGCAACAUUGACGACGCGAACUCCGAACUCAGGGCGGUGAUCAAAAAGAUCUGGAAGAGGACUAGUUCGAAACUUCUAGAUCAAGUCGUACCACCGCCCGGAGUGGACGACGAGGUGACGGUCGGCAAGUUUUACGCGACCUUCCUCAUUCAGGACUAUUUCCGUCGAUUCAAGAAACGCAAGGAACAGGAAAUGAAGGACGGCGAUAGAGAUUGUCACAACACUGUGACCCUUCAAGCCGGGUUGAGAACGUUACACGAAGCAGGCCCUGAAUUAAAACGCGCGAUUUCCGGUAACUUGGAAGAACUUCUCGACGACAAUCCGGAACCUAUGCACAGAAGAAACCACUCGCUCUUUGGAAGCGUAUGGUCCAGCAUGCGAAAAGGACCGCACGGCUUCCACAGGGCGAAGUCGCUAAAGGUCAACUCCGCCGCUGCGAAGGCUUCCCCGACCAAUUCCAUAGAUUUUCUACCGUAUGCCUCGUUACGGAGGACCGCCGUCGCGGAUGUCACCAAGCAAAUCGCUCACCAAAUUGUGCCAAAUAUAGCGGGUGGUCUAAGCGACGGCGCGAUGAACCAGACGGGAACCGACCUGCGACUGACAGUCGAAGAGAAUAUUCCUCUGAGACCGCUCGCUGCCUUUGGCAAUCCGGCGCAACAGACGUCUUACAAAGUGGUCGAUGGAUCGGGUAGCGGUAACUAUCUCCAUCCCAAUAGCGAAUAUGUUUCCUGGGCCAGAGAGAGUAACGGAAGCGUCGGCGCAGAGCGCCUGUCCCACAGUAUGCCCGGCAGUCCUGCGGACCGGAAGCCGAACUUCGAGGUCAUUGGGAGCGCGGAGAGUCUCGUCGGUCGGGUCCUGGUGGAGCAAGGUUUGGGUAAAUUCUGCGAUCCGGAUUUCGUACGGUAUACGUCGCGCGAGAUGCAGGAGGCGCUGGACAUGACGCGCGAGGAGAUGGACCAGGCCGCUCACCAGCUGCUCCUGCAGGAGCGACGAGGUCAGCCGUUGUCUUACCAGCUACAAGGCGCGGAGCAGCAACAGCUGCAGCCAUGGAGUAGCCAGCAACAGACCACGACCGGCAUCGGUUACCAACCGUUGCAGGAGCAGCCACCGAGUCAGCCAGUCUAUCGCCCGCUGCAUUCUUCCAGCUACCGUCGCGGCAGUAAUCGGCAGCAGCAGCAGCAGCAGCAGCAACAGCCGCAGCAGCAGCCGCAGCAACAGCAGCCACCGCAGCAGCCGCAGCAGCAGCCGCAGCAACAACAACAACAGCGACAACCGCCGUCCUAGCAGGACGAGAAGCUCACCGCGACGCAAACAUCGUCCACGUAACCCGAAAACUCCUACUCCCUCUUACCGGGAGUAGUCGUCAAAGAACCGAGAUCAGUUAACAUGAAGUAACUGCAAUGAAUCACCGACCUCUGAUCUGAAUCGAUCGCGCGAGUUCGAUGGAUUCAGACCGCGUUCAGGGUUCGAACGCCGUUGUUGUUGUUGCCUGAAGAGCACGAGGACGCUUUAUAAACUGUUCUGAAUAUGUAUAGCUGUAGUUAGAUACGGAUCGAGAGACAAAAUGCAGGUGUAGUCUAGAGGAGGGAAAAGGGAGCGAAGUCGUGACGAAGGGCGACCGCUCGACGUCGAGAUGUCCAUCCCGUGGUGGACACAAAUGAACGCGUAUUUUCGUUCAAGCGAAUAUUUUCUAACCGAGCGCGGGUGUUCAUCCGGCACUUUCGAGUCACGCGAGUCGCUCGCGAUUCCUAACUUGGCACGGAUAUCUCGGGCGAGAUGCGUGCAAGUUACGAUCGCGCGGAGCAAGUUGCGGUUCGUUUAGGCACAGGAAUAUAUAGACUUUUAAGAUGUAUUUUCGCCGCGACGGAGGAUCAGGAUGAUCGGGAGUCGUCGCGGCGCGGAGCUUAAUUUUUUCACCGUCGAACGACCGCGAGAUUAAAAUAAUCGACGGAGUAUCCCGGGACCUGGGCUCCCGACGGAAUUGAGUUUACUUCUCUAGAAACACUUCUAGAGAUUUGCCAUUGUUCCCGUUUAACGUUGAUCUCCGUUUUCUGUUCGAUUCGCCUUGACUAAGGGCGAUACGGCGAACGCCAUGUGCAGAAAAUAGACGAAUUAAAAUGAAAGAAAUAGCAAGAAACUGCAAAGUUUUCUUUAUCAAUUUCAGCGAUUGGUUAAAAAUUUUUUGAAAUAAUACUUCAUCUGCGUAAAAAGCGUCUAAUUGGGAGCAAUUAAAUGGAAAUUCCGAAAGUAAUUCCCUCCUCAGAAUUUUAAGAUAUAUUAUAUACUGAAGUAAAUUCCCCCCGUACAGUAUUAAUGUUAAAAAAGAUACAGAAACCGAGAAACAUACGAAAUUGUCAAUUUUUGAAACUUUUCAGGUGAAAGGUAAAAAGAAGUUGAAUCUUAUAAAAAUAGAUUUCUCUCAAUGAUCUUAAUUCGUCUAUUUUUACAGCGAUCUGAUAUUUUCUUUUACAAGACUCAUCACCUAUUUUAACUCUUUACGACGCUUUAUAGAAUAUUUAUUAUUAUCUUGUAAGAGCGUAUUCUGACGUAAUAACUUUUUAUCAAUUAACCAUAAUUUCCUAUUGGACGGUAAAAAUCUCUCUUCUAUACACGGGGAGAAUUUUCUUUUAAAAUUUAUCCUGAAAAUGUUAUAAUCGUGGGGCAA